UCCCACUACAAGUACCUGCAGGGGCACAACCGCGUGCACACCAGCGAGAGGCCCUUCACCUGCUCCAACUGCGACACGAGCUUCAAGACGGCGAAUCACCUGAAGAUGCACCGGCAGGUGCACACGGGCGAGAAGCCCUAUGGCUGCCCCACCUGCGACAUGAGCUUUGUCCACUUGUCGUGGCUACGGAAUCACCUGCUGGUGCACAGCAGUGAGCGGCCCUUCACCUGCUCCGACUGCGGCAAAGGCUUCAAGUCGUCCAAUCACCUGAAGAGGCACGGGAGCCUGCACGCCAGCGAGCGCCCCUACACCUGCAGCGACUGCGGCAAAGGCUUCACCCAGUCCAAAGACCUGCUGUCCCACCGGCGCCUCCACACCGGCGAGCGCCCCUACCGCUGCGCCCAGUGCGGCAAGGGCUUCACCCUCUCCAGUCACCUGCUGGAUCACCAGCGCAUCCACACUGGGGAGCGGCCCUAUACAUGCGCCCAGUGCGGCAAGAGCUUCAUCCAGUCCUCUCACCUGGUGGAGCACCAGCGCACCCACACCGGCGAGCGCCCCUACACCUGCGCCCAGUGCGGCAAGAGCUUCACCCACUCAAGCACGCUGCUGUCCCACCAGCGCACCCACACCGGGGAUCGCCCCUUCACCUGUACCCAGUGCGACAAGCGCUUCAUCCGGUCCAGUCAACUGCUGGAGCACCAGCGCACCCACACCGCGGAGCGGCCCUACACCUGCGACCAAUGCGGCAAGAACUUCAUCUUCUCCGGCAGCUUGCUGUCUCACCAGCGCACCCACACCGGCGAGCGCCCCUACGCCUGUGCCCAGUGCGGCAAGAGCUUCACCCAAGCCAGUCACCUGCUGAAGCACCAGCGCACCCACACUGGGGAGCGGCCCUACACCUGCACCCAAUGCGGCAAGGGCUUCAUCUGCUCCAACAGCCUGCUGGUGCACCAGCGCACCCACACCAGGGAGCGCCCCUACAUAUGCACCCAGUGCGGCAAGGGCUUCACCCGGUCUAGUCACCUGCUGGAGCACCAGCGCACCCACACCGGGGAGCGGCCCUACACCUGUACCCAGUGCGGCAAGUGCUUCACCCGGUCUAGUCACCUGCUGGUACACCAGCGCACCCACACCAGGGAGCGCCCAUUCACCUGCACCCAGUGCGGCAAGCGCUUCACCCGCUCCGGCACCCUGUUGGAUCAUCAGCGCACUCACACCGGCGAGCGCCUCUUCACCUGCACCCAGUGCGGCAAGGGCUUCACUCACUCCUCCAAGCUACUGUCCCACCAGCGGUUGCACACCGGCUCCCGUCCCGUCCCCAGCCCGGUGUGUGAAGAGCGCUUUGCCACGGCCUCCCAUGCCCUGUCUCACCAGCGCGUGCACACCAGUGGCCAGCCCUACGACUGCCCGUACUGCAGUGAGGAGUUUGACAGCUUGCGGGGGUUGCGGCAACACCGGCGGACCCAUGCCGGCGAGCAGCUGCUCGCACUGUGACAACAGAGAACGGGGGCUGCGGGAGAACCAGCGGUUACACACAGGAGACAGACCCUAUGUGUGCGCUGGGUGUGGCAAGGGUCUCACCUGCUGGAGCACCGACGAGUCCACACAGGCCAGCGCCCCUUCACCUGCCCGCUCUGCGGCAAGGCCUUUGCCCGCUCCUCCAGCCUGCUGGCACAAUGCCACGUGGAUGGAUAGGCGCUGUUCAGAUAGACACAAAAUGCUGGAAGGAAUGGGUAACGUUUCUGGGUCGAGACCCAUCUUCAAUGUCUACCCGAAACGUCACCCAUUCCUUGUCUCCAGAGAUGCUGCCUGUCCCGUAGUCUCCGCGCAUUCCAUUCUCUAGGCCCCCAUCCUCUCAUCUUCACCGUGGACGUCCAGUCACUACACCUCCAUCCCCCACCAGGAUGGUCUCAAAGCCCUCCGGUUCUU